UUCUAGCCUGGAAGACAUGAGAAAACAAGUGAACAGACAAAAUGAUUUCCAGCCCAAAUGAGCGCCAUGGAGGAAAUUAACCAGGGGCCGAGGCGGGGAAGCAGGGGAGGGGGAGCCGACCAUGCAGAGAAGAGGAGCAAGUGCAUCUGGGCAGAGGGACGAGCAGGUGCAAGGACCCCAAGCAGUUUGGGGACCAGAGGAGCCCAGCCCGGCUGGCACGCCCUGAAGACAGCAUGAGAUGCUCGUCACUCGUUCCCUGCUUGUCAUGAGCGUGAAAGAGGAUGGUGCCUGUAAGACAGUGGGCCUGACACCCACGUGUGGGAGACACUUAAUAGAGGCCAGCGACACACCCAAGCUGCAGCACUCUCUCAGGUUCCAUCCCAGGAAUGGGCUUCCCCAAACACCUUCUCUGGUUCUGACAUGAGUUCCGGCUGCCUGCUGAGUCCACUGCUGGCUGUCAGGAGCCAGUACCCGGAGAGCCCUGAGGAGUAGCCACUCAGCUGGAUUGCCAUUGGCCUUGCUUCAGCAGCAGCAGCCGACGCCUGGAUCCACCAUGAACUGGGGGAUCUUCGAGGGGCUCCUAAGUGGGGUCAACAAGUACUCCACAGCCUUCGGGCGCAUCUGGCUGUCUCUGGUCUUCAUCUUCCGAGUGAUGGUGUACGUGGUGACCGCCGAGCGUGUGUGGAGUGACGACCACAAGGAUUUCGACUGCAACACCCGCCAGCCGGGCUGCUCCAACGUCUGCUACGACGAGUUCUUCCCCGUGUCCCACGUGCGCCUCUGGGCCCUGCAGCUCAUCCUGGUCACGUGCCCCUCGCUGCUGGUGGUCAUGCACGUGGCCUACCGGGAGGCGCGGGAGAAGAAGCACCGAGAGGCAGUGGGGGAGGACGGCGGGCGCCUCUACCCGAACCCCGGCAAGAAGCGGGGUGGGCUCUGGUGGACGUAUGUCUUCAGCCUGGUGUUCAAGGCCGGCAUAGACAUCAUCUUCCUCUACGUGUUCUACUCGUUCUACCCCAAAUACACCCUCCCUCCUGUGGUCAAGUGCCACGCGGCUCCGUGUCCCAACAUCGUGGACUGCUUCAUCUCCAAGCCCUCGGAGAAGAACAUCUUCACCCUCUUCAUGGUCGUCACGGCCGCCGUGUGCAUUCUGCUCAACCUCGUGGAGCUGGCUUACCUGGUGAGCAAGAGGUGCCGCGAGUGCCUGGCCGCCAGCAAAGCCAGGGCCGCCGGCGCCUCUCCCUGCAAACAGGAGGACCUCCUCUCAGGGGACCUCAUCUUCCUGGGCUCAGACACUCACCCUCCUCUCUUACCAGACCUCGCUCGAGACUAUGUGAAGAAAACCAUCCUGUGAGGGGCUGCCUGCCCUGGGCUGGCCGGGUGGGCCCAGCAUCUGUCACGGGUGCAGCCUUAGCGGUGGGAAGCUCCUGCCACCUGCCCAGCUGUGUGGCCUUGGGCACUUCCGUUUCCUUUUGUGUAAAAUGGAGAUGGUGACGCCACCUCAUUGGGUUGCUGCUAUGAGGAAGAGUUUAAUUAGAGAACAGAUGUGCAAGCCACUUUCAUGUGUGGGACCCACGGCCAGGGCUUAAUAAAAGUCCACUC